AUGCGCGCUUGCCCACAAAGCGGCGCCGCACCUCGGCAAAUCGACACAGUCGCGUCGCCCGACUCUACGACCGCCCACACCGCCGGCCUCCUCGACAAGGUCGAGCCCGCACUCGUGCGCAACGACCUGCGCCUCGCCCCCGCCGCGCAAGCCGCCUCGUCGAGCUACCAACCUCCCGUCCAGCCUGGCUCGCUCCCAGCGUACGACCACGCCCUCGCCUACAUCCAGCAGGACCGCGACGCCAAGCUCGCCCAGCUCGAAGACCUCAAGGCCAAGGGCGACGCCGACCCGAGUGUCCUCGACAAGCUCGAGGUCGAGGCGUGGAGCAACGACCCAGAGACUCGCUGGCGGGCAAAGCACGGCCAUGGCGACUUCUCCAAGCCCGUGUACCGUCACCUCGCCGAACGGGCAUGGCGGAACGACGGCGACUUGGCCAUCCUCAUGCAGCGCGUGACCCAGAUGCACGUCACGCCCGACCUCCUCCCCGAGAUCAAGCCCGUCGCCGACGUCCGGCUCACCGUCGCCGGCUCGACCAUCGAGCCCGGCUCGUACACCAAGCCUGCAGACACUCGGCAAGCGCUCGAUGUUUCGGUGCAGGUCUACCACGCGGAAGAGCGCCUGUACACGCUCCUCGUCGUCGACCCUGACGUGCCCGACGAGUUCAACCAGACCUUCUCGACCUUUGCCCACCUCCUCAUCCCCAACAUCCCUCUCUCGGCAACCUCGUCCUCCCCGCUCGACCUCUCCUCUCUCUCCUCGACCCUCUCCUACGUCCCGCCGCACCCGCAAAACGGCACGCCCUACCACCGCUACACGGUCCUCCUCCUCGAGCAGCCGGAGAGCCUGUCGCUCUCGCCCGACUCGACGUCGCGCGACGCCUUCUCGGUGCGCGAGUUCGUCGUCGAGCACAAGCUCGAGCCGAGGGGCAUCAGCUUCUUCCGCCAGAAGUGGGACAAGGACGUGUCGGCCAUCUACAAGGAGGUCCUCGACCGCCCCGAGCCGAGGUACGGCCGCCCGCCCAAGAUGGACCUGUACGCCGGCAGGCCGCCCAAGUACGAGCUGGUCUGA